GUCUGUGACCCCAUUCAUGCCAAAUCAAACAUGGAGAGAUUGAGAAGAAGGACAACUACAAGUCAAACUCACAUAAACAUAUUUUGUUUGUUUGGUAGCACCAGCCCUUCCAUCAUUUUGUUUUUAUGAUGUCAAUCUCUUCUCUCAAUGUUUACAAAUACACACUCUCUGUUAAACCCUUACCUUCCCUCUCCCAAAAUCUUCUAUAGGGGAGCUCUUACAUGACAAUUUUACCCUUACACUCGUUCUUGGUGUUCUUCUCUUGAUUCUCUGUGUUUACUUCCUAACCAUGGACAAAAGGCCCAGGAAGCAACUUAAGACCACCCACAACUCUUGUUGUUCUGAUGAGGUGAGCAGCAUUGAGUGGGAAUUCAUAAACAUGUCUGAACAAGAGGAAGAUUUGAUACAUAGAAUGUACAAGCUGGUUGGAAACAGGUGGGCACUGAUAGCUGGGAGAAUUCCGGGCCGGAAAGCCGGAGAAAUAGAGAGGUUCUGGUUAAUGAAACAUGGUGAAGGGUUUGCCAGCAGAAGAAAAGAGUUGCUCUUCUUCAACAAUACUCAUCAAUGAAAAUUCAAAUUCUCUCUCUCUCUCUCUCUCUCUCUCUCUCUUUGUGAUUUUGUUUUCUUUGUUUUGUUUUGUUUUAGUCCUUCUAUGCUGUUUGUGACUUGCCAAGUGCCAACUCAGUUCUCUUAGAUUAAAUUAGCGCAGUCUUUGUACACCUUAUGGAAUUUUUAAUAAAAUCUUUUAUUUCUUGAUCAAAAAAUA